UCUCAUAGUGGUACAUUAUCAAGAUCUGCUUCAAAGUACAGGUUGGAACCAUCACAGACAAAGGCUGAGAAGACAGAAGCAAAGCAGGGAGCUUUGGGGCACAAUAUGGAAUUUCGAGAGGAAAACACAAUGUCUGACAUUAGUAAGAUGACCAUAAAUCUUCUCUUGCUUGGAAGAACACAAAGUGGGAAAAGUGCAGCUGGAAACACUCUUCUGGGUAGCACGGACUUUGCCAGUUGUUUUUCCCCAUGCUCUGUGACUGCAUCCUGCCAUCUAGGCCACAGCUGUAACAUUUCAGAUUUGGGGCGUCGGCAAGGAAGAGCACUAACUGUGCAAGUCCGUGUGCUGGACACUCCUGGAUAUCCUCACAGCAGCCUGAGCAAACAGCAGAUACAGAGAGAAGUGAAAGAUGCUCUAGCACAGCACUUUGGAGAGAAAGGCUUGCACCUGGCACUUUUGGUUCUGAGAGCUGAUGUCGUAGUGUGCGAAGAAGAGGCAUCCACCAUACAGUUGAUCCAGGAACUCCUUGGGCCUAAUUGGAAGGCUUACACUGCCGUUUUAUUUACUCAUGCAGACCAGAUUGAAAAGUCACCAUUUACUAUAGAGAAAUAUUUGCAUAGUGCCUCAGACACACUACAUAAAGUAAUGCAGUCAGUACAGCAAAAAUGCAUUUUUAUAGACAAUCAUGCAAGGAUUCUAAAACAUGAAAACCUAAAAGCUUUAAGAAAAAUUAUGGAGUUUCUAAAACAAAAUGAUUACCAGACCCUUCAAGUGAAAUAAACAAUGCUAUACAUUUAAGUAACUUAUAAUUUCCAAGUUCUGAGAUGCUUUCUGCUUUUAUAAUUCACUCCCCUGAAGUAUUUUAAUUCUUUAUACAAACACUUUUUCUAUUUUUAAUAUUGAAUACAGCUAGUUAUGAAAAAUAAAGUUGUAACUAUCCUUAAAAGUUAAUACAGUUAACUAAACACAGAUAGUGUUUA